GUAUUAUUAUUACAGGGUAGCUGCUAGUCGGGUACACCCAACUAAAGCACACUUGUUUUGUUUUCUAAUCAAGCAUAUGAGUAUAAGUUCUUAUUGUUGUUGUGUUGUUCAUUUUACAGUUUUCAUUCGCAAUAUUCACAUUUCAUAUUCCAUUUGUGGCUAAUUUGAAAACUUUUCUUAUCAGUUGAUGAAAUCUAAAAUUGCAUUUUUAUGGCACUUCCUCUUUAGCUACCGUUUGCUUUCUGCCUCUCCGUCUCUGCUUCGUUGUCUUCUCGUUGUUGUUGUUGUUUGGAUGAACGAACCGCCACCUAUCGACACUUUCGUUUUGAAAAGUUGCUCAUUUAUUGCAUUGUCAAAAACACGCACACACACAAAUGCUUGCAUACAUACACACACACAUGCAUGCGUGUGCAUGUUUGAAUUUGAUUUUGUUAUUGCUUUCUGCUUGCCGCGUGUAAUUGGCUUCACCGUUAGUUACCCUCAUUUUAAGAUACACGACAUAGACAAUGUUGCGCUGAUUAAAUUACGAAUUUCCGGAAAAGCCUGAGAAACUAUCGAAAUGCAGGAGCAGACCGCUGACAAAUGCCAAGAUGUGAGCCCUUCAUUAAACACCGCAUUGUCUUAAGUGACCCCUUGACCCUACGCCUUGUUAGCGGUAGACAACAAUUGGGCCAAGGUCACGCACAAGGGUGCACAGUUCCAAGUACUACCUAAGAUCAGUGGCAAGCAGCUGUAAUACGCGACCACGCCCAUUGUCAAAAGUGCGCCCACUUAUGCAAAUUUAAUUAGCAGAAAACUGGAAAGCAACCAGCCAGCACCAGGUCCCACUGCCAACUGCCGACGGCCUGACAAAUGCGCACGAUCAGGCGCACAUAAAUCAAUUUAAGUGGAAGCUCCUCUCGACUGAAACACUUUCCUUUGACCAGCGACAGCCCCGACACAAAGUCGGCGGCCAUAAAUAAUGAGUAUGUUAAAUGCAUACAAGUUUGCCAUCAUUUCGUCGUGAGUGAAGGCAAAUGGAUGUAUUAUAUGAGUUGCAGUUAUUUUAUGGGCCUAUAAGGCAGCGCUCAAGAAACCAAAGACAAGCUGAGCCUAACUCUCACUAGGCUAUUGAUAACGUGAGCUAUUCGCGGGGAUUCACACGCAUCGAUUCGCAGAGCUUCGAUUCAGAGGGCCCAGCUGCCCGGUUCGGAGUGCGAGUGCCACUCACAGAUUAUGCUGCAACAUCCCGCCACCGACUUCUACGACCUGGCCGCGGCCAAUGCGGCUGCUGUGCUCACCGCCCGGCACACGCCCCCCUACAGCCCGACGGGGCUGAGCGGGUCGGUGGUCGCGCUGCACAAUAAUAACAAUAAUAGCACAAGCAAUAAUAACAAUAAUAAUCUCGAUAUGCUCACGCACAACGGAGGCGGCGUGGGCGUCGGUCUGGGCGGGGGCGUGACUGCCACUGGACUGCACCUUAGCGGCGGCGGCAGCAAUGGUGGCCCAGGUGCCGCGGGCGGCGGCAGUGCAGCCACAGCCGGACGUGAAACUCUGCCCAGCUUCGGCUUUACGCAGGAGCAGGUGGCCUGCGUGUGCGAGGUGCUGCAGCAGGCGGGCAACAUCGAAAGACUGGGCCGCUUCCUUUGGUCGCUGCCACAAUGUGAUAAACUGCAACUGAACGAGUCUGUGCUGAAGGCCAAGGCGGUCGUCGCAUUCCAUCGUGGUCAGUACAAGGAGCUGUACCGGCUGCUCGAACAUCAUCACUUCUCGGCCCAGAAUCACGCCAAGCUCCAGGCCCUGUGGUUGAAAGCGCAUUACGUGGAAGCCGAAAAACUGCGCGGAAGACCUUUGGGUGCUGUGGGCAAAUAUCGUGUUCGCCGUAAAUUUCCACUGCCCCGCACCAUUUGGGAUGGCGAGGAGACGAGCUACUGUUUUAAGGAGAAAUCCCGCUCGGUAUUGAGAGACUGGUACGCGCACAAUCCGUAUCCAUCGCCGCGCGAGAAGCGCGACUUGGCCGAGGCCACAGGACUGACCACGACGCAGGUUUCCAAUUGGUUCAAGAAUCGACGACAACGAGAUCGCGCUGCCGAGCACAAAGACGGCUCUACGGACAAACAACACUUGGACUCGUCCAGCGAUUCAGAAAUGGAGGGCAACAUGCUGUCCAGUCAGAGCGCACAACAGCAACACGCAGCCGCCACGCAUCACUCGCAUCACUCGCAACAGCAGCAACAGUCGCCCAGCAGCGGUAACAACAAUAAUAUCAAUAACAAUAACAGCAACGGCAACAACAGCAACAGCUUGCAUCAGCAUCAGCAGCAACUGCAACAUGUUGCUGCCGAGCAGAGCCUGCAACACCAUCAGCAUCAGCAACAUGCUGCCAGUGCAGCGGCAGCGAGCAAAAGCAGCGCUGCAGCAGCAGCUGUUGCUGUGGCCGCCUCCCAAAUGCCGCCGCUCUCCGCCGCCGUUGCCUACUCGCAUCUGCACAGCGUCAUGGGCGCCAUGCCCAUGUACGAUAUGGGCGAGUAUCAGCACUUAUGAUUCUAGUUGGAGGCUGCUGCUGCUGCCAGCAGCAGCAACAACAGCAGCAGCAGCAACAACAACGGCAACGGCAACAGCAACAUGCCCUGCGAAUGGCCAGCUAUGCUGCGUCAACGCCAGCAGCGCAGCCAGCUGCAGCAGCAGCAGCAUCCGGAAAGCUUUUACUUCUGAAGCAGCAAUAAUUGAGUUCACAUCCUCGAAGAUGAUUCGUGUAUAUCAAGAUCAAGAUAGCAGCAGCAACAAGUUUUAAUUAAUCAUGAAAUAGUAGCACUUGCGCAUAAUAUGGCAUUUUUCAAUAUCACCAAGACACCAGACAGAUAAACAGACAGAGAGGGGGGUAGAGGGGAGUGCAGCAUAUUCUGUUGCUUAUCCUCGAUUAGCAAAAGAAUGGAUUACUUAAACUUCAUUGAUCUGUGUAAAUAGCUAGGCUUUAGUUUUAGAGCGGGCGGGCUGGGGAACGGAACAGAGAAUCUGUUGUCCUGGUAUGGCCCGGAUGGAUGUAAGGAUGAACGAUUGAUUGGCCGUUCUCUGCCCAACUGCAAAUGCAAAUCAAAUUGAAAUGUGCAAA